GACGAUGAGCUGCUGGAAAGGGCAAAACUGUUGCAGCUCCUGGGGAGUUAUGGGGUCAGCGACAGAGGAGGAGGAGGAGGAGGAGGAGGAGGAGGAGGAGGAGGAGGAGGAGGAGGAGGAGGAGGAGGAGGAGGAGGAGGAGGAGGAGGAGGAGGAGGAGGAGGAAAGACGGAAGAGUUUUGACAUCCUGGAGAGAGGGGCAGGGAUCCAUGGCAGACCAGCAGAUCUAGAGAGGCUUGAAGUGCUCCAGAUCUAGUGUUUGACAUGGCCCAAAAGUUGGAUGGCCCUCCUAGGUUUACCGGCUCGGACUUUUCGCUAUGGAGGUUCCAG